CCCGCAAGCAACGGCUGAGAUUGUUUGCAAGGGUAAACACGCUUCGUUUAUCUUCGACUCCAGUUUCCACCAUUCCUUCUCAGUCACACACACUCCCCUCUGUUUUUUGUGUGAACUCAUCUCAUCUCAACUCCACCCAUCCUCUCCUCUCUCUCACCAACUCUCACAGAACAACAUGCUGUAGCUAUAAUUCAACACUUUCUAACAACCAAAACACAUAGAAUACCGAGGAAGAGUAAGGUAGAAGAAGAUGCUACUCGGAAAACGUCCUCGGCCACCGACUAUGAGAAGAACAAGAAGCAUGAGCGGUGGUAUGUCCGUGGACAUGCACUCACCUGAUAAUCAAACCACCACCAACAACAUGGAAUCCCAUCAUGAAGAAGAAUCAGUGAUGUCUCAUCAUCAUAAUCCUCUGCAAUCGCAUCCGCACCAUGAUGGCGUCAAAUUAGAUCCACAUGCGGUUGUGAUGAAGGGAACAGAAACUCACGGUGGAUUAGUGGAGAGUACAGUGAUGUUCCCUUCACACACAAGCACACCCACAACCUUAACCACCACAAACACUAACAAUAAUAUUAAUCAUAAUAAUAAUCGUGUGAGUGCGAGCGCACAUGGAAUAUACAGUACUCCUCACUUUCUCCGAAUUUGUGGCCUCUGUAACUGUCGUUUGGCACCCACACGAGACAUCUACAUGUAUAGGGGAGAUACGGCAUUUUGCAGUUUGGAGUGCAGGGAGGAGCAAAUGAAACAAGACCUGAGAAAAGAAAAGUGGAAAGUGUCUGUUUCCAACAAAGAAGACCACCGUGUAGCACCACCGUGCACGGCCAAAGCUUCCACCGCAGCUUGUACUUGAAGGGUUGCUUUGCUUGCAGAACUGAAUAAUUAUAAUAAGGAAUUAUUAUUUCGGUAGAAUAUUAGUAUUAAUUAAGAUUGAAAAAAUGUCACGCUUACCAUGCCUAAUGUGUGUGUGCACUUGCGACAAAUGAAGGACCAGCCUAAAUUCGUCUUUUCCCAAUCAUCAUGCUCCUUAUGGCGUUUUCAUACUCGUCUUUGUAAGUGAUUGUUAUUAACAUAAUUCUGCCGCAAACUUUGUAAAGGAGUUGUUGCUGUAUUAUUAUCUAUUUGUACUUUACUAAUCUGAAAUCUAAAAUUUAUCAGAUAUAUAUGUUAUCAAUCAUCAUAAUAUAAGCCAUAAUUUCUUAA